CUUUCUCUUUGUAUUAAUAAAGUAUUUGAUAUUAUUCUCUCUCUAUAUCAUUAAAAAACAAUAUACAAUUAAAAGAAUUCCAAGUUGAAGAGAAGUGGGAGUAACAUCAAAAAAUUAAAAUUCCUAAUGCUCAAUUACUGAAAAUUAAUUAAUGUCAACACACUCAUAUUGUAUCAGACUUGCACAAUAGCUGAUAAUUGCUUACCUACACCCACGUGAAAACAAAUCCGCGUCGGACUUUUGCCCCAUCAUGCAAAUUUUUUUAAUAAUAAAAUAACAAUAUUGGCCCCUCAACUUUAUUAUUAUUAUUUUUUAAAAAGUUUCUUUUAAAUUAGCUAACAGUUAUAAAAUAAAAAGAUGUUAAACAAUAGAAAAACACGAUAAUACAAAUCCGUAAGUCCCCCAAGACUUAACUAGCUUUGUAUCACAUAAUCAUUUAUAAAGAUUAUUUUGAACACUUAAAAAAGACAAAAGAAUUAAAUAUCCAUUGUUCUUAUAUCUUUUUAAUUUUUUUUAUAUGCUGAAUUUUUCCUUUAUAUAUGAACUUCACUUCGUUCAUAUGGUCAAAUCCUUACUUUAUGGCUAUCCAUCGCUACUGUAUCAACAGUAUCUUUGAUUUUAUAAUAUGUUGUAAACUUUUAAAAUUUUAGAAAUAACAUUACAUUCAACAAAACCAUUAAGGAACUAGACACGAAAUUUCACUUCAAUCAGCUCUAACCAUGAGAAUCGGUUUCACAACAAGAAACUAGAUUUUAGUUAAAUUGGCAACUGCCCAGUUUAUACCACCAAACCACCAAACCAUUUCCCCACAAAACUUUUCAAUUGAACUCCACAAUAUACCAUCACAACCAGAAUAAAUAGAUCAGUAAAAUCAAGAUUUGACCUAGAUAAAACAUGAUUAAAAGAAGUUCAAAUUAAGGCAAAUUUGUUUGGCUUUAACAAAUUAAUCAAACCAAACCUUGAAACAUCAAUUUUGAAUCACAGAAGAUAUUAUAGAAGCAUGUUUUAUUGAAUCUAAGGCCUCUUGAUUGUUCACUAGCGUACCCCCAGAAUCUAAUCACGAUUUAAAAACAAAGGAACCUGAGAACCUCCAAAUCAAAAUUUCUUCUGGUUUUGUCAAAACCACACCAAUGAAACCAAUCAAUUUCUCAAUUAUAAUUCUUGAUUUUAAUCCAAUUAACCACCAUGGAUCAAUAAUCACCUUAGCAUAAAUCUAACAACACCAAACAAGUCAAGGUCUGAUUACAUCAGAAACACACUCAAAAUCAACAGAGAAUUUUAGCAUAAUAGAAUAUUCAAACUCAAUCACCAAUUAGCGCUUAAACAUACUCAAUCAUAAAGCCAUCUUUUAGUU